AGUAAACGCUGUAGUCUGCAAGAGUCACGAUAUCAGGGUCACUGUCAGACAGUAGAAGAGGAAAUAUUAACAACAUCGACCGACAGAGGGCAGAAAAACCUCUUCUUACCUGGUAACCAAGAGAAGAAGAAAUGGAAAUUAUCUCGUUCUCAACCGCUCUACUAAAUAAUACAAAAAGCUAACAACCAAACCACCAUGUUCGGUGUUGGUUAAACCAUUUAUAGGCUUUAAAAGAAAGUAGCGCUCGUGUCCCCUAAAAGGGGACACUGGAGCUAUGGCAACUGCACAGUCUGUGGCAACGUUUGCAGUGUGUGUCCUCAUGAUAACAGAGCUUAUACUGGCCAAGAAAGACUACUAUGAUAUCCUGGGAGUGCCGAAAGGGGCUACUGAGCGCCAGAUAAAGAAGGCUUUCCACAGGCUUGCAAUGAAAUAUCACCCAGAUAAGAACAAGAGCCCGGAUGCUGAAGUGAGAUUCAGGGAAAUUGCAGAAGCUUAUGAAACUUUGUCAGAUGAGACCAGAAGACGAGAGUAUGACAGGUUUGGUGACACCUCUGAAUACUUCACUGGGGAGACGAAAGGCAGACAAAGACAGGGUACCCAUCAGCCUUUCAGCUUCAACUUUGAUGACAUAUUUAAGGACUUUGACAUCUACAGCCAGAACAGGCAUGCCCGUCACCGACGACACUUUGAUGAACACUCCAGGUCCCACAAGGAGUCCCACAGCAGACAUAAGAGACACUUCCAAGGCGGUUUUGGAGCAGGUAUCUUUGAUGAUAUGUUUGAUGACAUGGAGAGAAUGUUUACCUUUGACAGACAUGGCAAACAGACUGAAAACAGGUUUCAUAGUGCAUCAAAGCAACACUGUAGAACGGUAACACAGCGCAGAGGAAAUAUGGUAACCACAUACACAGACUGCACUGCAUCUUAAGAUGCGAAGCAAAAUGAUUUUUAACUUAAAAUUGCCUUAAGAGGAUAUUGUUUUACUGAUUAAGUAGCAGAAAGCCCAUUAGUUUUGAUGCUGUGAAAUUUGAACAGCGACGUUGAGAGCUGACAGUCACAGAAUGACAAGCACUGAGUACACAGUUUACGUAGUUUAGUUCUGAAUUCAAAUAAGCUAUCUUUUUUUCAAGAUAUUCACUGUGUAUGCUCAUGAAUUUGUUUAUGAUUGUAGUAGUUUUGAUAAGAGUUUAAGUAAGCUGUUAGGGAGUAUUUUGUCAGUGUUUUUUUUAAGCACCUUCUGAAAAUUUGAUGGUGAAAAAUAAAGAUGUCUUGCUCAAUAUGGCACAGCAAUGCAUAUGUCAGAUCACCACUAGUUCUCCUACCGCUUUUUUGUACAGUUUUUAGUUUCUUUGUAUAGGCUCUGCUAUUGUGAGCCUGAAGUCACCACUAUAGGCAGAAACAAUAGCAGCCUGUGGAGUUCUGCUUAUGGUUGUGAAAUAGACAGCAGUGUCAACAAAAACCUGUGACCCUCCACAUGUUGGUUUUAGUUACCUACAUCUUCUUGAAAUGUUCUUACACGCUACACUUUUAGUGACUUUGUUAAAUGUUAUGUAUUGUAGCAUUUGUGGUUAAAUCAUCUUCAGUGCAACUGUAGAGCAAUUUUAAAUAUGUGUAAAUAUUAGUAGGAAAGUGGCAAUGGAGAAAUGUUUGUGGCUUACAUUUUAUUUGAAGUAGCCUCGAUAUUAACAGGUUUGGCUGAACGCUAUCGCAACAGCACUGCAGUUAAUAUAAUUAAUUGUGAAGCUGGUAAUGUUCUGUUUUCUUAAACUGAUGUUUUUCCAACUCUGUUGCAAUUUUUAACCGAAUAUUUUGUUGUAUUGAUAAAAUUGUAGGUACGUCUUACAAUGCUGCACAACACAACAGAAAAGCAUCAAACACUACAGCCUCGAAAAUAACCCACUCCACUCUAAAAAAGCCUCAACAACAAUCAGUGAAAAUGAUAUAGGUUUCACAUAGGUAUUGCAGAACUAGUAGCAUUAAAUUGCACUGUAUUUUGCAGCUGUUUAUUGGCAUGAUCAAUCUGUACUUUACUACGAUUUUCAGGGCAUUAGCCUACUACAUAUUUUGUAGUUUGAUCACAUAGUGUGUAGCCUGUACAGCUCUGUUAGUUGCCUUCUUUUGUUUUAACAUCUGAUGUGUUAGAUUGCAUCUCCAUAGCUGAAAUAGGCUGCAAAAUGUCAUACAAUCUUAUAUGAAGUGUUUUUUUGUUACUGCAGUUAAGUUAUUUCUAAUUUAAGGUCCUGUUUUACUGGAGGUAUUUUCAUUAUUCUGUAUACUUUAUAGUGGCAGACGACAUUAGAUUGAGGCCACCUUUAUUUUAAAAAAAUGUCGUUUCUGAAUUCUGAGUAACACGUCUUCUUUUGAGUUUGUAGAUGGGGAGUAUUAAAGCUGAAUUUACAAUCACGUGAGAAAUCUAACCAAAAAUCCUCAAAGGUAUUAGCUUUUGGUGUCAGACAAACUACAAAGAAUGUGCUAUGUGUAAAGUAACUCGCAGAGGAUCGGUCAGAAUGUAAGCUUUCUGCAGUACACAUUAGAGGUUUAUUGACUCAUUUUACAAGGCUUUGUAUUUUUAAAAAAAAUCAUUAUGAAAUGCUGCAUAUAUUUUUUCAGUGUAGGUAUACUGCAGUACCUCAGUGUUAAAGAAAUACUGUAUAUAUGCAUAAAUACAUCAAUUCUUGGCAUAUUUUCUUAAUCUGGUUGGUUCUAAUGCUGUAGUAGAUGAAACACUUUCCCUGACAUAUCAUCUGUUCUCUCAUUCCACUAAAGUAGUUCAAUUUGACACUGUGCUGUGCAAUAUUUAUAUAUUGAUGUUGUUGUAAAAUGACCAAAAGCACUUUCAGUUUUGUAAAUAAAAUGUAGCAACAACA